AAACCCAUUGCCGAACUUCUCGUGCUCCGAUUCUCAGUCUCUAUCUCCACCGUCUCUGCCGCUUUCUUCUCCGUCGACUCCAGAGACUAUGGCACCUACAACACGUAGCACUAGCAGAGCUAGAGGUACGAGGCUAGCAGAGACUCCAACAAAGUUUGACCCUACCCAGAAUUCUGCACAGAGACAGGCGCCUCAAUUGCCGAUGUUGGAACCAGUAGUAGCUCCACCCCCUAACAUGGUAAUGCUGAGCACGGAAGCCUACCAAAAAUUGAUUCAAGCCGCUGCGGCCAAUCAAGAGGGAAGGGGAGAUGAUGAUAGUACUAGUAUGACUAGGGAGUUCAAGUAUCUGAGAGACUUUCGUAAAUAUGACCCGCCAGUGUUUGAAGGAAAGACAAUAGACCCCGUGCUUGUUGAAUCUUGGGUUGAGUCUAUAGAAACUAUAUUUGAGCACAUGAAUUGCCCUGAGGAUCAGAAGGUAAAAUGUGCCUCCUUUAUGCUUAAGGGCGAAGCUCACUUCUGGUGGAAGACUGCCCAACAAACCCUUAGGAAAGAAGAUGAGGAUGAGGAGCCAAUAUGUUGGCAUGAGAUGAAGAGGGCGUUCAUCCACAAAUACUACCCGGCGGUAAAUUGGUACAACAACCGGGAAGCUUUUGUGCAUCUGAAACAGGGAAACAUGACAGUGGAAGAGUACGAAUUGGAGUUCACCAGAUUGUCCAGGUUUGCUCUAGAGUAUAUAGACACUGAAGAAAAGAGGACAUAUAAGUUUAUUUUGGGUCUCCGGAGUGAGAUCCAAGGCAAAGUUGCGGCUAUAGCGGCCACGAGUUAUGAACGCGCCCUGCAUGCUGCCAGUAUGUUGGACUUUCAUCUUCGAAAAGCGUCCAAUGAGUUAGAAGACGAAGGGAGUUACCAGAAGAAGAGAAAGUUUGAUAAGCAUUCUAACAAGUCCUCAUUGCAAAGAGAUAGAAUUGGCACACCUCAUAGGGGAAGACCCACGUGCCCCACUUGUGGUCUCAGACACUCCGGACAGUGCAGGGUUGGUACUGACGUGUGUUAUCACUGUGGCAAGAGUGGCCAUAGGAAGACAGAUUGUCCCCACAGGAGGCAACGAGGCCUCAACGUUUGGACGGAGCAGCUAGGAAGGCUCGACACAGAGUAGAGGCAUGACAGAGUAGAAGAUACUGACACUGGUGACAUGUACUUUACUAAUGCUUGGAUAUCAUGCAUUUCAAAUUUGAUUCUAGAUUCACACACUCGUUUAUUUUUGCUGCAUUUGCAAGGCAUGCACGGUUAGGACUAUAGCCUUUAGGAUCUAGGUUAUCUGUGUCUACGUCGUCAAGAGAGAUAUUAGUGGUAGAUGAGUAAGUCCAAGCCUAUAAAGUAGUGUUAGAAAGACCCUUAGAUGUGUUGCUGAUGGUAUUAGAUAUAUGUGAUUUUGACGUGAUACUAGGCGUGGAUUAGGACGUGAUACUAUACAUAGAUGAUCUAUCCCCAAGACGACCCUCAGGAGCAAAUACAACCAUUAUAAGUUUACUGUGAUGUCAUUCGGAUUGACUAAUGUCUCUACAGCAGUUAUGGACUUGAUGAACAUAGUGUUUAAAUACUUCCUUUGACACGUUUGUGAUAGUCUUCAUCGACAACAUAUUGAUAUAUUCCAGAACUGAUGCAGAGCAUGAGAUACACCUGAGAAGGGUGUUGUCAGUAUGCGUAUCUACUCUACGCCAAAUAUUCAAAGCGAAUUUUGGUUGCAGGAAGUGACCUUAUUGAAACUCAUUAUGUUAGGACAUGACAUCUCAGUAGAUUCAAUCAAGGUCGAGGCAAUGAUGAACUGGCCCGACCCAUCUUAGCUACAAAAGUGAGAAGCUUCUUGGGAUUUACAGGAUAUUAUCGAGGGUUUAUUCAGGACUUCUUUAAGAUUGUUGCGCCUCAUGCAAUUAACAAGAAAAGGAAAGGUGUUCUCAUAGAACAAGGCUUGCGAGCAAAGUAAUAGAGAACUAAAGCACCGGUUAGUGACGACACUUGUGCUCCAGUGCCCAGCGACUCAAGUAACUUUGUGGUUUACAAUGACACAUCAAAGAAUGGGCUAGGUUGCAUCCUGAUGCAGAAUGAUUAGGUCAUAUCCUACCCUCGAGAUAGUUGAAGGAAUAUGAGUGGAACUACUCGACCCAUGACUUAGAAUGGAUAAUAAUAGGGUUUUCUCUAAGCAUAUAGCGACAUUACUUGUACGGGAAGUGGACACAGAUUUUUACCGACUCCAAAAGCCUAAAAUACCUAUUCACAUAGAAGGAUCUCAAUAUGGGACAAAAGUGUUAGUUGGAGCUGGUAAAUGAUUGACAUAGAGAUCUUGUAUCAUCCAAGCAAGAUGAAUGUUGUGGUAGACACCUGAAGUGGACAGGCAACCCAUUCCUUUGCUUUAAUUACCAGAGAGGUCGAGUUACAAGCAGACAUGGAAAUGAUCGAUAUUGAGGUAGUGGCAUGGUGAGUCACAGGGAGACUCUUCUAGCUUAGACAAAGGUAGAAGACGAGUUUUCCUUGAAUUGACUCGACCGGUUUAGCUAAACUAGACCGAACUGGACCGGUUGUGGUCCAACUGAACUAGAUCUCUGUUUUUAUCCUGGUUUGGUCAUUUUCACUCGAUUUUCGCCCCAAUUUUAUGGUUUUGUUAUUUUUCCUUAAUGUAGGACCUAAUUAAAGACUUUUGGAAAAUUUUGAAAAUUCUUGUAGACUCGAAUUGAGCUCGAGAAGUCGACAUUC